AUGAUGCUGUUGGCUUUGUUCAAGUGGUAAUUUUACAUCAGGACAGAAAAUCACAAGAACAGACUGAUUCAUGAGUUGGGCUUCAUUUAUUUAUAACUCAACACAUCCACUGACUCUACCUCAUUGCACCGUUAUUGUGUCAUGCGCCAUCUAGUGGUGUUGCAGAGGUCUGAAUCAUCCCAAUUUUUACAGUUUCGAGCGGCAGUGAACACAACGUUUGAACCUUCUCUUUUACCCGGAACAACAACAAACAACAGUCUGAAAAGUAACAUGAAGUAUUGCAAUAGCGUGUUUAAUGUAAACACCCGUAUCUCCAAGACUGUAGGGGUUUAAUGCAGAUAGUAGUGGCUUCUGUUGUUUCUCAAUGUGUUCCUCUGCUCGUCUACGACAUUACAUGAAUGAUAAUGGACCUUUGAUAUUGGAUGGUGGACUCGCAACUGAACUGGAGGCGCAAGGAGCCAAAUUACAGGGAGAUCCUUUGUGGAGCGCCAGGCUUUUGCACACUAAUCCCCAGUUCAUAAGAGAUGCUCAUUACAGGUUUCUCCUUAGUGGUGCUGAUGUUAUCACAACAGCCACAUACCAGGCAAGCAUUACAGGAUUCAUCAAUUACCUGGACGUGAGCUCAGAAUGCGCCAGAGAGCUGCUGAUGUCUGGAGUUCAUUUGGCCAAAGAGACGGUGGAGAGAUUUGUCUCUGACAAUAAUUCAACAGGGCAAAGAUAUCCCCUGGUGGCAGGCUCUGUUGGACCAUAUGGGGCCUUUCUGCACAAUGGCUCAGAGUACACUGGGGCUUAUCCAGAGGAGAUGAGUAUUGAGGAGCUUAAAAUUUGGCAUCGGCCACAGGUCGACUGCUUAGCAGCAGCCGGAGCUGAUCUCAUUGCUUUUGAGACAGUCCCAAAUAUCAAAGAGGCGGAGGCUCUGGUGGAGCUGCUCAGAGAAUUCCCAAACUCUAAAGCCUGGCUCUCCUUCUCUUGCAAGGAUGGGAAGUGUAUAUCAGACGGCAGCUUGUUCACAGAUGCAGUCCAGAUUGCUAAUAGAUCCAAGCAGCUGGUGGCUGUAGGAGUCAACUGCUGUCCUCCAGCGCUGGUGGAGCCGCUGCUGGACUCUGCCAGGUCACUGCUGAGCCCAGACAUGUGCUGGGUGGUCUACCCCAACAGUGGAGAGGAGUGGGACACUGAGCGGGGGUGGCAAACAUCAGAGAUAACAUCAGUAUCAAUACCUGAACUGAGUCAUACAUGGAUGAAGCAAGGCGCUGCUUUGAUAGGGGGUUGCUGCCGUGUUGGUCCCGCUCAAAUAGCAGAGUUAAAACAUCAGUUAAAAGGAAGCUGCACAUCUCCAGCCUCUGCAGUGUGACUGAACUGAAGAUGAGAAUUAAAGCUGUCUGGAUAAAAGCAAAACUAGAAAAGAAAUGAUCAUUGCUGUAAAGAAAAUAAUGUCUGUUCCAGGAGUUUAUAAAAAUCUUAAUUUAUUGGAAAAUAAAUAAAUAACUAACUAACUACAUCAAAUCCACGUGAGUACACAAUGACGUUGUUGUUGUGUCAAAGACGAACGGCACCACAGGGGUGCAAAACAAAAGUGUAAGAACAAAUUAUGGCUCUACAUAAACAUGAAAAUAAAACAUGCAGUCUUCACUGUCUGUGGUUCACA